AUGCUGUGUGCCGCCACUGUAUCACUGACGGAUGCAGCAGGCUGGAUACGACAAACGCAACCCGGAAGGAGUCCACGGACGACGGUCUCAAAGAUAGACCAUCUCCUACCCUGGCGAAGCCUGGACGAUGGUGGCGGGACGUGGAUCCUUGGCGGCAUUGCAGACGCAUCUCCGCUCUGCGCCCUUUUCCGUGCCACUGUGACGGGGGCCUCGCAGGGCCUGGAAGUUGCCGAGGCCAGGAUCAGCCCUUUCCUCGAGGAUGCCAUGUCCUGGGAGCCGACGGAGCUGCUCUCAGGAGCUGUGCAUUUCUCUUACUUCAUGCUCUUCGCCUCCUUCUACACGCAGCUUCCGGGCCUCCACGGGCCACAGGGGAUCGACCCCUACCACCUCUCUGCAGGCCUCAAGGACACCUUCUUCCUCCGCCGCAGCGGCGGGCCUUACUGGGCCGCGGAGCUGGCCGCACUGCUGGGGAUGUGCGCAUCUGGAGCUGCGACUGCCCUUCCAGCCAUGAGAAGUGGUUGGCUGGGGUUUGGGCUGACCGGCGCGGAGUGGGUACUUUGGAGAGACUUCCUAGUGUCCUCUGAGUCAUCGUUCCCAGUGGGCAUGACCUACUUGGCCAUGGAAGGCAGCAUGGGUGCAGCAGCCUAUGCCUUGAAUGCCCCGAACUUGGCCUCCUGGUUCUGGCGCUGGUGCCUGUUUCGAGGACUUCUCUCAGGAGGUGUGCACAAGCUGCUCUUGUGCGAUGCGAGUUGGAACAACCUGUCGGCGGUGCACUGGCACUUCCAGGGCAAUCCGAAUCCUUCCGCCUUGUCUUGGUAUGCCUUUCAGCUGACAGGCACUUACCCAUUCCUGGGACAUAUGGCCACCGCUAGCACUCUGGCUAUUGAGCUGGUGGCGCCCUUUCUCUUUUUUUCGCCCAACAAGGGCUUGCGAAUGCUGGGCCUUGCGGGAAGCAGUUUGCUGCAGAUGGGCAUUCUUGCCAGUGGCAACUACGGCCCCUUGAACUUUUACUUCUUGGCCCUGGGCCUCUCGUUGCUGCAGUCGCGCGGCCAGCAACUGACGAAUGCUAGUCCGGGAGAGGAGGAAGAAGCUCCACACCAGGUCUGGCCAGCUGCCGCCGCCGGGCUCGGCUCUGCUUUGGCCAUCGGCGUUGCCACCCAUGUGCUGCCCGGGACCCCUUCUCGCUGCCCCAGUGCCAGUCAUGCGGUGUACGCCCACGUCAUUGCGCUGCUCUCCUCCGUCGCCGGGCUUCAGGGCCUGAUCUCGCUGACCUCCGGCUUGGAGUUCGCUGUUGGGCUUCUCCUACUCGGUGCAAGCCAGUCUGUCUUCCUCCUGGACCUGCUGAGCCAGGCAUCCCCACACUCUCAGCUGUUGCAGAGUGCUUUGCUCGCAUCGUCUCCACGCUUACAGUCAAUGUGGGAAGAUGCAGAUGCUGCCAUUCAACGUUUUGUGGUUCAACCUGCUGCGAAAGUGGCCGCAGCCUUGCCUUCGCGAGUGUUCGACCCUCCGCCGAACUUCUUCUCCAAUACCACUGGGGUUGAAGGCCGGCCAGUUUUCGCACUCGAGGGUGCCCAGACGUUCUACGGGCCUUGGCAGCACAUCCCGCUCAAGUUUGUCGAUCCCACAAAGAGCAACCUCACCGCUGCGCCAUGGCCCCAUGCUGCCUAUCUUGACCUACUUUGGUGGGAUGCACCGCAUGUGGGCGGUAGCCCUGUGUGGCUGUCGAGAAUGCUUCGCGGCAUCAUGGAUGGACUGCAGCCUGUCCUCGACUUGAUCGACAGGCCCGCCUACGAAGCGAGCCUUUCGGCAGCCUUCGUUGGCUUUGUAUGGUGUUCUACCGAACUUCGAAACGGUUUCAGGCCUUUUGCCUUGUUUGGCGAGGCUGACCGGCUCCUCAGAGCCUUAGAGUCAGAGAUCCUGGCGGCGCAUGAGAAGGAGGUGACGGCAGCGAAUGCCGAGCCAGUACAGCCACCACCCAGUGAGACCGCCACCGACCGGGUGGUCCUGCCUUUGCCUCCAAAAUUCGGCGAAUGCAGUGAAACAGCUGACCACGCCACCGUCCCUCCGAAACCCGGCGAAUGCGAAUCUGCUGCAACCUCGUCCAACCACACACCGGUCAAGAGGUACGCCCCGAGCCUGAAGCUUACACUCUCGGAAGGCUCCCUUGCAGAAAACGAGGAGAUACAGGGCUUUGGUGGCAGCUUGCCCCGGCAGUUCCAUCUCUGGAGCACUUACACCAGAGCACAUGACUUUGCCAUCCACAUGCGAGAUGAUGGCGAGGAAGGGGAUUACGAAUUAAGCGCAGGCGUGGACGAAUUCGCGAGGGAGCUGGAGCAGGAGAAGAAGAUACGUUCUCAAUCAAAGACACCGCGAUGGGUGUUGAGCCCAAACUCGCCCAAGCGGAUAUGUUGGGACUUGCUCGGUGUGAUCGUCUUGCUCUAUGACUUGAUCAUGAUCCCACUUUAUACAGCCUUCCCACUUCAAGACAACAUCUUUUUGUCGAUGAUGACCGGCCUCACACUGGCCUUCUGGUCAUUAGACAUUUUGGCGUGUUUUUGCGUGGGCUACUAUGCGAAAGAUGGCACUUUGGUGGUAAGCUUGACAAGGAUAGCAAAGCAGUACUUGCUAAGCUGGUUCCCGCUGGACGUGGUCAUCGUAAGCAUUGAUUGGAUCAUCGUCCUCGCACUCGUCACGGAGGAAGAGGGAAAGAGUGCAGGGCUUAUGCGAGCAGGGAAAAUGCUCCGUGCACUCCGCGUGCUUCGAACUCUUCGCUUACUUCGCUUGGCCAAGCUCCGACAGCUGCUGAACAAGCUGCAAGACCAGGUCGACUCGGAGCACAUCUCUGUGCUGCUGGACAUUGUGAAGCUCUUGAUCCUGAUCAUUUUCAUCAACCACUUCAUCGCUUGUGCAUGGUACCUUGUGGGCUGCAACCCACCGCACAAUGAGAGCUCCUGGCUCGUCGCAGAGUUUUCCGUCAUCUCCUGCGACGAUCCCGUGGAUGACUUGCUGCUCUAUAAGUACACGACCGCCAUGCACUGGUCCCUCACGCAGUUCACGCCGGCGUCCAUGGGCGUCCAGCCGCAAAACACCAUUGAAAGGAGCUUCGCCAUCGGCGUCCUGCUUUUUGCCCUCCUCGUCUUCUCUUCUUUUGUCGCGAGCCUGACGGGCGCCACCACGAGCUUGCGCAAGAUGACGGGUCGACAUUCAUCUCAGCUGUGGCUGCUCCGAAAGUUCCUGCGACAGCGUGGAAUUUCGCUGGAUUUGCAGGUUCGAAUCAACCGGUACAUCAAUGUUGUACUGACAAACACGCAGCGCUACGUGCAGUACAGCGAUGUUGAGCUCUUCGGCCAUCUUUCGGGCCCGUUGCACAACGAGCUCCAGACGGAGCUGAACAAGCCUCGUCUUCUGAUCCACCCCUUCUUCGUGAACAUGUUGGACAAGUUUGAAGCCUUGAUGCGAAAGGUUUGCUGCAGCGUUCCGGUGGAGAUGGCACUCUCACGGGGCGAUGUGCUGUUCAAUGGCGGCGAAGAAGCUCAACACAUGUACUUCCUUUGCUCCGGAGAUGGAGACUAUUGGCAUGUGGAGUCCAAAACCUUCCACAGCUUGGGUGCGGAACAGUGGUUUUGCGAAGCGGUUCUUUGGACUCCGUGGGUCCACCAAGGACGGGUGCGGGCAAAGAGCGAAACUGAGCUGAUCUCCCUCAGCAGCGCCAAAUUCCGUGAUGUCCUGUCCGAGUACCCGAAGCACAUGUCUUUCAUGAGGAUGUAUGGCCUGGUCUUUUUGAGCCAGCUCCAGGAUUGGUACGAGGUCUCGCAGCGCUUGACGGACCUCGACAUGGACGUCUCGGUGAGCGCCACGACAACAGACUUCUUGCAGCUCGAGUUGGCCGACGUGGAAUCGGAGGCUCCAUCCCUCCGGGACGAUCAGAAAUCCACUGUCAGUGGCUCUUCAUCCUUCUGGCCGGCUCGGUCAGCAUCGCACCAGACUGUGGUGCCAUCCCCACAGGCCCGUUACCGACGUGCGAAGUCGAAGCAGCUGCUCAAAAUGAGCGAGAGUGAUAUUUUGGAAACGCAAAGCGAUCAUGGCCCGGGAUUUCUGACGGUCUGA